UACUCAUGUUUACGCAGCUGAAUAAUAACCCUUAAAAUACUUUGAACCACCUUUAUUUUUUUAUUACAAUUUCUGAAAAUCUACAAUAACAAUUGACCAACCCUAGUAAUCAUUGAAAGUGAUGUGUGUUACAGUUUUCUUCCAUCGAAGGAGAGUCGGACCAAAAUGCAGCGUGCAGCAGCAGUAGCUGUGAAUCUGCAUCAGGAGCAGUUAACAGUGACCAAAUCCUCCGGCAAAUCCGGUGUUAUUGAAUGCAGAGCUACAGGCUUCAACACUGGUAACAUUCACUGGUAUCAGCAAAAAGACGGAGAAGCUCUGAAGUGGAUUCUGUUCAUGCAUAAAGGUGGUGAAAAAUCAACCAAGGAUCCUGAUUUUGAGGAUUACCAAGCCGAAAAGGCAGAAGAUUCUGACAUAUUCACACUGACAAUCCCUACCCUAAAGACAGAUCAUGUAGCCACUUACUACUGUGCUAGCUUUGAUAACCACAGUGACAACUGCAGUUCUUUCCCUGUGCAGAAAACUACCUUACAGUUCCUUCUCAAUGAGAGACCUUAUUGUACUUUUAGUUCUCUAGAUCUAAAUGAACAAAAAGAUGAUACGUUUUUGUCUAGGAUUUACUUGGAGUGUGAUUCUGGAUCUGGGACACAGGAGAUUUUGCGGUUUGGAUCUGGCUCAAAACUCAUCAUCACUGAUGAGAACCAGCUCAGGAAACCCAAAGUGACCGUGUACCUGGCGUUCAAACCUGAGCUGAAUGGGAAGACCACACUGCUAUGUCUGGCUAGAGAAAUGUUUCCAGACUUGGUCAAGAUCUCAUGGAAGAUGGAGGAUGAAAACGGCCGAACCGUGGAGGUGCCCAAAGCAGAGAUGGAACAGCUGGAGCAGAGGGAGGAAGGACAGACGACCAGUAUGAUCAUCAUGUAUCAGGGAAAGGCAGACGCCAAAUACAUCUGUUCGGUGGAGCAUGAAGCGGGCCCUGAAGAAGCUGACACAUCAAAAGGUUUUUCAUCAAAGCAAAAUGUUUGCUCUCCAUCUACCAAUGCGAUGGCACCACCCUACAUACCCAAUGUCUGUAAUACCUACAUGUUUCAAGCAGACCCUGCUCCCAAGAAUACCAAGAUAACCUGUUUGAAUGACUAUCGCCUCGUAGCACUCACAUCUGUAGCCAUGAAAUGCUUUGAAAGGCUGGUAAUAGCUGAAGGACUCUCAACCUUCCAGUCCAUGUGCAGUCUGCGUCUGGCCUCUCUGGUUUACACAGUGAUGAUAGUGAAGAGCAUGGUGUACUGCUGUGGGCUCUCUCUCCUGCUGCACCACAGGAACAUGGGAAAUAGCCCCCCUUCCUGAAGAAAAGCUCAUCUCUUCAUUAUGAAGAGUUCUGAAAGAGUUCUGGGAAAUAAGGAGGAAAUUUCGGUCCUCAUUUUCGUCUUCCAAUUCCUCACAGUGAGAAAAAAGUACUAUUACUGAUAUCUAUGAGAAGUUUUUGUAUUCCAAACUCGUUUGAAAACAUCUGUAAAAGUUACUGUUAUUUUAAAGGUAAAAAAUAGUAAUGGGUUGCUUGUUUCGUCACAAUAUUCUUUAGAGCUUUCUCUUGAGGACUGGUGGCCGACUAAAAGUUCUACUCAAUGCAUUCUCAAUUGGCGCUGAUUAAUAUUUAGUCUAAAGUGCAUUAUAAUGACUGGGAAACUGUGAUAUUUCUCAAGUAGACAAAUAAUUAGUAGGAAAACCUUUUGUCAUCAUUGUGAUGUCGCCAGAUUUCCUUUAGCUGUAGUAUAACAUUUACUAGCUAUCUGAACGUGAGGGGAGAGCACCGACUGUUACCUAGCUAACAUUAGUAAUGCUAGAUUUUUUUUACAAACUUUACUAGCCAAUGACAUUGCCAUCUGUCUGAAGUAAAUGUGAAGACAUAAUAAUGCUGACAAAUUGUUUCCUACUUAAUAUUUGCCCUGUGUGGCAAUAUCAUCGUAUUUCCGAGACUACAGUUUAAUUUAGACCAAACAUGGAUGCUAAGAAUGACUGGGCACCGCUAAAGUUGUUGGCAUCAAUAUCAAUGAUAUACACCACCAUUGAAAGGUUUGGGGUCACGUAGAAAUGUCCUUGUUUUUUAAAGAAAAGCUAUUUUUUUGUCCAUUAAAAUAACAUCAC